AUGGGCGAAGACGACGACGAGUACGCGAAGGACGUCCAACUUAUAGCGGAACAAGUCUUUUGUGACUCACCUUCAUCCAAGCUAGCUGAAGGGAUAGCCGUCCAGUCUAGAUACAAAGUUCGCCCAUCUAUUAUGGUCAAGAAGUUCUUAGCGAGCUGGUCAGACACUGAAGCCAAUCCACUCUUUUUGUUACCGAAUGAAGAUUUCAAUGACAUUUACAACGCCCUUUUCGAGGCCGCAGGUAUACCUAUGAAGAACCUGGAUGACCUCUCCACGCAGCUUACUCAUGUUACUGACGUGACAGGAGAAAUUUGCAAGCUACUGAUUAAUGACAUAUCCCCACACGACGCCUUGACUGCCUUUUUGAGAGUCGCUACGAGGAUGGACACUUAUGGCAUUGAACCGUUUGACGCAAAGGAUCAACGUGGGAACGGCAUAGCUGUUGGUUUCAAUUUCAAAGGUCUUUCUGUCUUCAAAAGUAGUCAGCAAGUUAACUUCUUCCGCUGGGAAUCGAUGCUGAGCUACGAAUGCGAGAAGAAGACCGUCGUUAUUACCAUUAAAACGCGUGAUGUUAAAAAGAAGAUUGGAUUUAAGUGUGACUCCAGAGCGAACGCAAUGCAGCUUUAUCGACGGCUCAGAGAAGCCUCGCGAUUUUACCGAUCAACAGACUCCGAAGCCUCCGAUUUCUCGGUCAAUAGCAGUCAGACGUGCCAAAUAAAGCGAAUUUCCUCCUUUAGUCGGCCACAACGAUUUUUUACUCUCUCCCCACCACGAGCGUCGAGAAAAAUGAUUCAGCUGCAAGUUUCCUCCACGGAGGCUGUUACACCCACCAAUAAGCCCAAUUUCCCCUUAAAUUGCUCUCCCGACGUCCCUACCAUCUUGCUCCAUCCACCCGACCCUGAUGAGGGACCAAACACCCCUACUUUUGACCCUGACGUCUCUAUCACCAAGCCAGUCGGGGGCGCCGUGACUAGCCUUCCCAAGGCGGUGCAGCCGGUCAUAUCGAAAUGCACGGCUGAAGAGGAGACCGUAAACUUGCACGAGGAAGAACCAGAGUUUCUGAAUGAAAACAAUGAUGAGAAAGAAGAGGGGAGGAAGAGAGAUCCUACUAAGGUGGGGCAGGAAGGGGGUGGCGAUCGAGAUAUAGAUAAAGGUGAGGAGAUGGAGGAAGGAAAUGAUAAAAAAAAUGAAGAUAGAAUUGGAGACCAAUGCAAAGAAAACGCGAUAAAUGUGAAAGGGAAGGCAGAGGAAGAGGAGGAGGAGGGGAAUGAAUUGUUACCGGCGGAAGUGAGUUAUACACCUAACUCGAACUCGCAGGAGAGUCUCCUCAACGUGGCCUCACCUUUUGGUGACGCGGCAAAGAUGUCAUUUUUCACCAACCUCGAAUCUAAACGCUUAGGUCUGGGCAUACUUGACUUGAAAUUAUCAAACUCUAUGACUUCAAUCACGAUCCCACCCACUGGAAGUGUGUCAUCGGCCUCCCAAUACCCCAUCAACAUCAUCAAGGCGGCUCGCUCGCUUGCUGCAUGUGUCAGUGCCGCCUUCUCAUACAAAGAUGCUUUCUGUGGUGGUUUUUUUCUAGUCUAG